UGCUUGCUUAAAGAAAACAAAGAAAAACAAAACCUAACGACUAACGUCGCAUCUCUUGUUUGUUCUCCAUUGUUGGACAGCCUCACCGUCUCCACUGCAGCUGCCAGCGCCUCUCGGCUCUGCUGUUCUGCGCUUCUGUUUCUCCUCUCUCUAGCCGCCGGUCUCCGUUUUCUCCUCCCUCAAUUGAGUCCAAAGUCCUAGAGCUGACCCUAAACCCUUCAACUUAAUUUUAGUCUACAGCCUUAAAAUUACAAUAACACAUUUUAUAAGGUGUGCUGUGCGGCUGUGCCAUCGUCUUCGUCUUUGUCUGAUUCGUCGAAGUUGCGGUGGUUGCUCCUCCUCCCUGACGUGGUGGACGACGCGGUGGCUCCUCCUCCUUCCUGACGCGGUGGCUCCUCCUGCUCCCUGACGCGAUGGAUGACGCAGUGGCUCCUCCUCCUUCCUGAUGCGGUGGCUGCUCCUCCUCCCUAACGCAGUGGCUGCUCCUCCUCCCUGACGCGGUGGAUGACGCAGUGAAAAUGCUUCAGGUCCCUGAGCACCAAGUAGCUGGCCUGGCCAUAAUGUGAAAGACAUUAAACUGGAUAACUUAUGCCUAUGAAGGUCUUGUGCCUUUGAGUUUCUUGUUCUUGAUUUCUCUUAUUAUAAUGUCAUCAAUUUAUUGAAGGUCUUGGUUUCGUGCUAUCCAGGAUUCAGAUUAUAUGGAGAUUUUCUUCUUUCCAUGCACCUAUGUAUAAACCAUUCUUGCACGAAUGUUCUCAAGAUUAUAGCUCAUUUGAAGUUGUGCUUCUUCAUUGUUGAGGCUUGAGUAAAACAAUACUAGAAGCAACAGAGCAGAUAACUCUUAUUAUUAAUUUAAGUUUGCAUCAAUGAAUGAAGAGGUUGCACUCUCUCAUUCAUACCUCAUCUAUCAGUUUUCUUGCAGCACAAGCAGCCCAUUCCCAAGCAAUCAAGCUAGGAACCAUAUCUUGUCUCUACACUACUAAUAACAUCAUAAGUGCUUAUACAAAAUGUAGAAAGUUAGAUCUUGCCCACCAAUUGUUCGACGAAAUGUCCCACAGAGACAUUGUCUCUUGGAAUACCUUGAUUUCCGGUUAUGUGAACUUUGGUGAUCUCGAGGCCUCAUGGGGUGUCUUCACUUCCAUGAGAAGGUGUGGACUUGCAUUUGAUGGCCACACAUUUGGAAGCAUGCUCAAAGGUGUUGCUUGUGAUUGUGAGCUUGAGCUAGGGCGACAACUGCAUUCUAUUGUGAUCAAGAUGGGGUUUUCCGGGAAUUUGUUCUCCGGUAGUGCCCUUCUUGACAUGUAUGCCAAGUGUGGGAGCAUCAAUGAUGCACAUGUUGUGUUCCAAUGGAUGCCAGAGCGAAACCAUGUCUCGUGGAAUGCAUUGAUUGCAGGUUAUUCACAAGUUGGUGAUCAUGAUAUGUCAUUUUGGGUGCUAAGGUGUAUGGAACUUGAGGGUGUUGGGAUUGAUGAUGGUACAAUAUCUCCUCUUUUGACAUUGCUUGAUGGUUUUGAGUUUUACAGUUUAGCUAUGCAAUUGCAUGGUAAGAUUGUAAAACAUCGGCUGGAAUCAUUUAACACUGUUUGCAAUGCCACUAUCACGGCAUACGCAGAGUGUGGUUCUUUACUAGAUGCUAAGAAAGUAUUUGAUGCUGCUACUGUGUGUCGUGAUCUGGUUACUUGGAAUUCUAUGAUUGCUGCUUACAUGAAGCAUGAGAAAGAAGAUCUUGCUUUCAAAGUUUUCACUGAUAUGCAAAAUUUUGGUUUUGUGCCUGAUGUUUAUACCUACACCGAGAUUGUCAGUGCUUGUUCUGCACAAAAUAUCAAAAGCCAUGGAAAAUGUUUACAUGGCUUGGUAAUAAAACGAGGCUUUGAAAAAUCUGUUCCAGUUUCAAAUGCUUUAAUUACCAUGUAUAUUAGGAUAAAUAGCAGGUGCAUGGAAGAUGCCACUAAAAUAUUCUUUUCCAUGGACCUAAAAGAUUGUUGCACAUGGAACUCCAUUUUGGCAGGGUACUCACAGGUUGGUUCGAGUGAAGAUGUCUUGAGGUUAUUUGUACAGAUGAGAUUUCUGGCUAUACAGAUUGACGACUAUACUUUUUCUGCUGUUAUCAGAUCAUGUUCAGAUUUAGCUACUCUACAGUUAGGUCAACAAGUCCAUGUCUUAGCUGUUAAAGUUGGUUUUGAUACCAAUAAAUAUGUUGCUAGUUCAUUGAUUUUCAUGUAUUCUAAAUGUGGGGUCAUAGAAGAUGCUAGGAAAUCCUUUGAUGCUACCUCCAAAGACAAUGCUAUAGUCUGGAAUUCAAUCAUAUUCGGGCAUGCACAGCAUGGACAAGGCAGCGUUGCGCUUGAUCUCUUUUACUUAAUGAGAGAGAGAAAAGUGAAACCUGAUCAUAUAACAUUUGUUGCAGUUCUAACUGCAUGUAGUCAUAGUGCACUGGUAGAAGAAGGCCAGAGCUUUAUAAAGUCAAUGGAGUUUGAUUUUGGUAUUCCACCACAAAUGGAGCACUAUGCUUGUGCAGUGGAUCUCUAUGGCCGAGCCAGGCAUCUAGAGAAGGCAAAAUCUCUGGUUGAAUCGAUGCCCUUUGAACCCGAUGCCAUGGUUUUGAAGACUUUAUUAGGUGCAUGCAGAAUUUGUGGGGAUAUCGAAUUAGCUAUUGAUGUUGCAAAAAUUUUACUAGAGCUGGAGCCUGAGGAUCAUUGUACUUAUGUUCUGCUUUCUGACAUAUAUGGGAGACUAAAGAUGUGGGAUGAAAAAGCUAGUAUGACUAGGCUGAUGAGAGAAAGGGGAGUGAAAAAGGUUCCUGGUUGGAGUUGGAUAGAAGUAAAAAAUAAAGUGCAUGCUUUCAAUUCUGAAGAUCACUCCCACCCCCAGUGUGAUGAGGUAUACUUAUUGCUACAUCAAUUAAAGGAGGAAACUAAGUUGUUCAAUGAUUUGGACAAUCAAACUGUGUUAGUUCCAUGUUUAACAUCACAAAUUCUAUAACUAUUUUGAGAGAAAAUUUUCACUAAUAAUAACUAGCCAUUCGCUUGUCCAAAAAAUCCAUAUAUAUAACGAUUUCUU